AUGGAAAAGAUUCGACGUGACGUUUGCAAGUUUACGGGAAUCGCCUACAACUAUGCACUCAUUAAUUACUAUUCGGAUAGCAGCGUUGGAAUUGGACAACAUAAGGACAACGAAAGUUCGCUCGAUGAAGAUAUUCCAAUUACAGCAUUAAGCUUCGGUGCUACAAGAACUCUACAGUUUGAAAGACGUGGUUAUCCAACAUAUCAUCUGCUCUGCAAACAUGGAGACUUGUACCAGAUGUUAGCUCCGACGAAUAAACACUACACCCAUGGAAUCAAGCCUGAAUAUCAAGUGACAGGUUCUCGAAUAAGUAUUACCUUUCGAAAAAUCAUUGUUCAAACUCGAGAGGAUCCUCUGAAACCUGCUGAUGAUGCGCCCCACCAGUCUGAGAUGUGCGCCCUUGGCAACCCACUCCCGCAGAUGCAGCAUGAUCCACUUCAACAAGUACGUCCCGUCGACGAUGAGAAACCCGAAGAAGUUGAUGUAUCGACGCCCCCGCUGAACGAUGAAUCUGUGGAGUCCCCGCGAAAGCGUGCAAGAUCGCGUAAGCCCUCUUUAGAGUUUUUUGAGCAAGAGUUGCCACCUCUUUCUCACACGCCGCGUAGUGUAUUGAAAGUGACACUUCCGCCUGCUAUGUCACCAACAAAGUUGAUCGAAGAAAACAACUCCCUGCGGAUUCCCGAUGGUACCUGA